ACAAAAUACCAAAAAACAUCUGAAACUGAAAGUUCCUCACAUACUGAAAUAUUAAAGCCAGUUACUGAAGUAUACAAUAUUGAAACAUCUAUACCAGAAAAGAACAGUGUGAAUUACCAUAUGCCUUUACUUGAUGAUGAGUUAAUACUUGAAAAGAAAAUUGAAAGUGAUAACAAAAGAAAUGUAGACCUGCUCAAAAAAAAUAAAGAUUCAUUGACACGAGAUAGCUGUCAAACUAUAAAGCUUAACGAGAGCAUGUCUGUCAAUGACAGUCUAUUAGAUGACCUUGUCUCUGAUUAUAAACAAGAAUCCAAAUUAACUAUUACCUCAGUAACACAAGGCUCAGGAGCAAUUAUCACAAUACCGUCAAAGAAUGAUUUCAAUAAAAAAAUAAAGGACCAGUGCAGUCAAACUGACACUAAGGACAACGUCUUAUUGAGUAAGCUUCCAUUUCCUUUUAAUCACGCAUUUAACAAAGCGGACUCGUCACCUAGAAUAGAAAUAAAAAGCAACGUAGUCAUAAGACCCGCUAGUGAAUGUGAAAAUAAAACAUCAAUUCAUCCAGUUACAAAAUCUAAUAAUAGUAUCAGCACUCUUAUCAAUGCCGCUGAAGCUAUAAGUAAAAUUGAACACCAGUUUAAAUCUCCGGAACCGAAAAAAGACUCAGAGUUAAAAAAAAAGCCGUACGCAUCUGGCAAUUCAGAUAAUAAAUUGAGCAUUUCUAAUAAGGCACAAAAAAACGAAUAUCCCAAAGAUUCAAUAGUUUCUACUGACAAUAAUCAGAAUCCAAAGAUAUUGCGAAAGAAUCCUCAAGUUGUAUUACAAAGAACGAAUUUGGAUCAAAAAACCGUAUCAAGUAAAUCUCGAAAGUUGUUGCAAAAGAAUGAAAAAAUUGAAGAAGAUAAUGUAACUGCAAGUAGUCUUUCGUCUAACGAGAUCGCAUCAAAGCGAACUCAUCAAGAAAGUUGCGAUGUAAAUGACUUCGAAAGCUUGAUAACGGAAAACCAAAUUUAUGAAGACAAAAUAGUUGUGAAGGAAAAAACACAAGAUACGUCACAAGAGGACGACUUGAAAAAGGUCAGAGUUACGAUAACACAGAAGCAAACGAAAUUAAUCGAUAAACCUACUGUUCCUAUAACUAAGAUUGGCGAAAAACACUCACAGAAAAAGAAUGCACAAAAAUUUGUUCCCAAUAAAAUACCAGAUAAAAUUGUAAAACGUAGAAUAGCAGAAAUAAUUGCAAAUAUCAAAGAAAGUCAAAGAAAAGCCAAAGAACAAUAUGCACAAAGAAAAGCUGCUGAAAAAGCAAUGCAAGACAAAAUUAGUAAGGAAGCUGAAAAGUUCAAAAAACCUUAUGAUAAAAAUACAAAAAACAAAAAAACUGAAAAACUGGUACAAACUAAAGCGACUGAAACGACUACGCAGAAAGGAACUGAAAGAAAGGCUCUAGAUAAAGUGUGCGAUAAAGUUGUUCAAAAUAAAUUAAUAAACACACUUACACAGAAUAAAGUCGUUGAAAAUUAUUCUCAUUUCAACAAUACUGAAAAUUUUUUACAAAAUCAAUUUACAUCGAACUCUGAACAGAUGGUUCCUAAAAAUCAUAUAGAAAUUAAAAUAGUCGAUAGAUCAAAAGGUGAAGUUAGUAAAACUCCUAUCACAUCUACUGAUGGUUCGAUACGUAAAAUAACAAUAGAAAUACCAGCACCAGAUAACGUUGAACAACAGCCAAUAGUCGGUGAUAAAUCACUACAAAUGCUUAUCGAAAAAUCAGUACAGAAUAAAAGCGAUAUAGUAGGGACCACGGUGCAAAGUGUGCCCAUGAUCGAGAUAACUCCACAUACAGUUGAAGAGCAACCAUUUCCUACCGACGUUCUAGAAAUCGGACCUUUGAAUCGAACUUUUAUCGACGUUCCUCCACAAUCUAACGUAGUGGUACAACCGAACUUUGUAUAUCUAAGCAACUUACCGUACCCAAAUGUUAUGAUGUUCCCGAAUCCUAACUUAGGUCCAAGCAAUGCCUUACCGAAUCACAAUAUUUACCACUAUGGCCAAACCGAGCCCAUGCCUGAAUAUCAUCUAAUACCCCAACCACCAGAUCCUCAACUAGAAUAUUAUAAUUUACCACAAGCACAAUCUUUGAAUGCACCGAAAGAAAUACAACUUAUUACUCCAAACGGAAACGUCAUACAAACUGUAACGGCAAAUAAAGACUUGAUGCUCCCAACUAACCAAAACUUUGCAAUUAAUCCUCAAAUGUACUAUGAAGUAGAUGCUGAGGGUAAUUUAACUCCACUUGGGAAUUUAGGCUACAAUCCGUUGAUACCAGAAUGUGAUCCAGUCGUGGAUCAGAAUAAAAACGAAGAUGUAGUCACGGUUUGUCCACCAGAUGCUAAUAUACCAACAAAAAUCGUUAAGGCGAAUGUAAAAGCCAUGGCACCUAAAGUAAAUGAUGAAGUGAGCACUCUAGAUUUAUACGAAAAGCGCAGAAGAAUAAAAAGAAUCAAAUAUUUAAGUAACAGACCAACGAAAGUUCUUUCGAAGAAAUCUAAAUCAAAAAGAGUUUAUGACAACCCCAAGUACAUUAUAACGCCUAGUAAAGUGAGUGAAGAGGUAUAUAAGGAGUAUUUAAGUAAAAUUAACGAAAAAGACGGAAGCAGCAGUGAUAGUGAUGAUGAUGAGGCUCAGCUGAAACAAUACCUCGAAAUAAUCAGUAAAUAUGCAAUUAGGGAUGAGAAUUUUACAGAUAAAACGAAAUAUAUGUCCGGAUUGAAAUUGAUGACAAAAGAGGCUUAUCAAGAAAAACAAUCAGAAACCCGAAGAAAGUCUCCAAGAUUCAGUACCGUGGCCUCAGCUAACAUCACUAAUGGUAAAGACGAUCGCUUCCCACAUGCACGUCGCGAUACAGAUACCUCACCUCCGGCCUCUGAACAGCACCUUAAAGACAAUCUUGUCGGCACAGACAAUUCAAUAUUGCAACACAAAAAGAGUUUCUUAUCACUGCUGAAUUUAGGACAGGCCACUGAGAAAUAUAAAAAAGGCUACGAAAGAACAUGGCAAGAGAAUGACAAGAAAAGGAAGCGAAGACACGACCCCGACGACGACGGCCCCGGUGCACACAAACCAAAAGAGCCCAAAGUCAACAUGCACUUCGAUACUAAUAACCAUUUACAACUACUCUCGCAAAUUAAAAUAUUUGUUAACGAAAACAAUAAUCUCAUCAAGAAGCGAAUAGACGCCACUGCAGAUGAGGAAGAAGACGAAAGCAUAAAAGUCCUAGCCGACAAAAAUUUUUCAGAACUAAGUCGUCUAUCCAAGAUGGCCAAUAGAAGCGUUAAACUCUUCACGGGACAGGACACGAAAAAGAGAGACUUGACCCCCGGCUUUGACAGCGAGAACAUUGAAAAAUCAGCAGAAACCGUCGAGAGGAAAUUCAUAGAAUUAAAAAUACCGAAUUGGGCGACAAACGUGCCAUUGUCAGAUGUCAGCAGUGAGCCGCUCCACGCGCUGUCAUCGCCAGCCAGUGACGUGUCUGCAGGCCUGCCACCUGCGCGGGAGGCUCCUGCCAGGAGGCCGGUGCGUCAGGUGCGGGACGCAGCCUGCCAAGCCACACCGUUGACUUGGCCAGGAUUCGAGAGUUUCAAAAGAGGCUUCCAGUUGUUCGAUGCAGGCCGUCGCAAGGAAAUGGUCCUACUGCAUCGUCUGAACACCGGUCUCAGAGUAGAAGGAGCUCGGAUCACUCGACUGGCCUCCCACGAGUCGGAUAGGGCCAAAGCAUUAUUAGCCGAGCGAGAGCACUUGGCUGCAGAAGAACGUAUCAUAAGGAAAUCAUUGCACAAACUGUGUCGAGCCGUGGAAACAAUUCGGCGAGCCCCGGUUCAGUGAUUUAACACUUCAAUGGUUGUAUUUCCACACAGUGUUCGGCUUCAAAGCGACAAAAUGACAAAUAUGUACUAAAGCAAUAAAAGUUAGGUAGGACGUCUUUUACAAAAAACAUUUACAGGAUUUUUAGGUGUUAAAUCAAUGUCUUAGGAUAAUAAGUAUUCUUAAUGUGUAUGUUUUUUAGUUUGUGUCAAUUAUUUGUACAAAUAUCAUUCGGAAUUCAAUUAUAGUUUAAGUUAUUCAUAAACGGAAAGCAAUUAGUUUUAAGCCUACUUGUUAAUUUACAAUGAAAAAAAUCCGGCCUUUUUUACAAAGUUUUACUAUAUAUAAUAUAUAUAAUGUACUUUUAUUAUACUAAAUUAUAUUCCUCAUCGAAUAGAUAGUAUGUAUAAUACCAAUGAAUGUAGAAAAACAGGCAGGGAAUAUUUUAAAGUAGAUAAAAAUUACUAGUCUUAAAAAAAUUGGUUUUGUAAUAUUAGAUGUAUAUAGAUGAGCCUGAAGUUUAAUAUUGAUGUAGUAAUGUAGAUUAACUUUUGACUAAUGCCUUGGUUUCGCCUUGUGUUGAAGUGCUCGCCCCGCGGCGAUGGCUGUUUCCGAGAGCGACCUAUGAGCAGUAAGUUCGUUUAGGCGGAGUCAUUAAAAAUGGUCACCGGUGCUUCCGUUACUGCGAUGGUUCUGAAUGUUCGGACUGCCGUAAUGUGAUAAGUCGUCUCAUCAUUAUCCUGCCCUUCUCCCAGUCACCUGGUGUCGGCGCAACAUGUUUUCUCCUUCCAUACUCCUCUAUCAUAUACCAUUUCUUCGCUCACUCCCCUCUUACACAUAACGUCAUUCACGCAAUCCAUCCAUUUCUUCUUAGAUCUACCUCUUCCUCUAUAUCCUUCCACAUUCAUAGUUAGCAUUCUCUUACCAACCUCAUUUUCAUUUCGUCUCAUCACAUACCAUCCCAAACGCGCAGUUCUCAGCUUCUCUGUCACAGGUGCCACUUUCAGACUUCCUCUAACAUAUUCAUUCCGUAUUCUAUCCAUUCUCGUUACUCUACACAUCCAUCGCAACAUUCGCAUCUCUGCUGCAUGCAAUCGCCGUCUGAUAAGUCGUCUCUGAAAACAUUUUUCCUGUUAGUCUUGCGAGGUCGCUUAGUCUGUGCGAUUGUUUCUUACGAACAGCCGGUCCGAUAUAGCGACAACGGGACCCCACUAAUGGAGUUAGCUCCUGUCGAUCAGACAAGAAUUGUGUAAUAGAAAAUUGUGCUUAUAGAAAGGAUAUCUGUUAGAGCCAAACCAAACAUAAUAGACACUGAAAUAAAUUUAUGUAAUCACA